AUGAUUGCUCAGAUAUAUGUGGAUGACAUAGUGUUUGGAGGAAUGUCGGAUACAAUGGUAAAACACUUUGUUGGUCAAAUGCAGACUGAAUUUGAAAUGAUUAUGGUUGGGGAACUGACUUACUUUCUUGGUCUUCAAAUCAAGAAAAUGGAAGACUCCACAUUCAUGUCUCAAAGCAAAUAUGCCAAGAAUACAGUAAAGAAAUUUGGUAUGGACAAUGUGAGUCAUAAAAGAACUCCUGCACCAACUCAUAAAAAACUAUCUAAAGAUGAAGGAGGUAUAAGUGUUGACCAGAGUCUAUACAGAAGCAUGAUUGGUAGCCUGUUAUAUCUGACAGCCAGCAGACCAGAUAUUACAUUUGCAGUUGGAGUGUGUGCCAGAUAUCAAGCAGAGCCAAAGGCAAGUCACUUAAAUCAAGUCAAGAGAAUUCUUAAAUAUGUAGAUGGGACUUCAGACUAUGGCAUGCUGUACACCAACGGAAGUAACCCUGUCUUGACUGGAUACUGUGAUGCUGACUUGGCUGGAAGUGCUGAUGACAAAAAAGCACAUUUGGAGGAUGUUUCUUUCUAG